AUGACACCAGCACAAAUCCUCCUCCUAGCCCUAAGUAUCCAACCCUCGCACCCCUUCUCACCCCAACUCUUCAUCAACUCCACCCCACCCCUCUUACCAUGCUUAACAAAAAUCUCCGAAAAAUUCCUCAUCAAAAAAGAAAGCAUCUGGUUGACCACCAACGAACAAAACACCACCGACCUCUUCGACAACCAAUUCGUGAAAAAACUGAUGCGCCGUGGUCACUCCAUUUCCGUCAAAAUGAUGGACUUGAAAGAAACCCCCCAGAAAAAUUUCUGGCAACACACCAAAAAUUACAUCAUAGAAACAUCAGACGUGGCAGAUCUUGAAGCCACCCUCGAGAAUUUUAAAUAUCUGCAUUCGUGGAACUCCCAAGCGAGAUUUUUCAUCAUCGCCAACCAAAUCUACAACGAAACUGAGAGAGUUCUAUCCGGAAUGGUCGAAACGUUGUGGUUAGAAGGCGUCUACGACUUCAUUUUAAUAACGGCAGACCGGAACCAAUCGCGACACGUCAACGUGUACACGUGGUACCCGUAUCGAUGUAGGCGUGGCUUUGAUUAUGCAAGGCUCAAGCUACUAGAUGUGUGUUGUAAUGGCAGUUUUACCAACAACUCGAACCUGUUUCCGCAGAAAAUCCCCAAAGUUUUGACAGCGUGUGAGUUGAAGGUGGGGGCGGUAACGUGGCCGCCGUUCGUCAUGAAACCGGUGGCAAGAGUGGACAAUACAGACCAAUACAUAAUCAAAGAAGGCGUGGAAAUAAGACUAAUCGAAACUAUAGUUACCAAAUUACGGAUGAACGUGAGCUACAUAAUGUCUGAAAAGUCCCAAAACUGGGGACAUUUGUUCGACAAUGGUACCGGCACUGGUCUCAUGGCACUCUUGCGCAACAAAAGAGUCGAUCUGGGUAUAGCUUCCAUAACGCCGUCUUUGUCCAAAAGCAAGUUCUUCGAAUUAAGUGACACUUAUUUUUUCGAAUCUUUUGCUUGGUGUGUACCUCACGCCCCCACUCAAGCUGGUUGGAAAAAAAUUUUGGACGCGAUAAGCUACCAAUUGUGGAUUGGGUACGUUCUGUCUUUCAUAACCUUCGGUAUCCUAAUUUGGUUGCUAGGUAAAACCCGAAAAGAGGAAACUCUGUACAAAAAGUGUAUAUACUGUUUCCAAAAUUCGUUCUCCAUGGCACUUGGUGUAUCCGUGCGACACCACCCGAAAACCCAAAUUCUGCGCUGGAUCACGUUCUUUUGGAUCUUGUUCUCGCUGAAUUUUGAAGUUUUGUACGAAACUAAGUUGAUGAGUAUUCUAACUAAACCAACCUAUAGCACCCAGGUUAACUCCAUUGAUGACAUUCUUGACAAAAACUACAAGAUUUUGUUUCCGUUGAACAUUUUCAACUACGUUGAUAAGAAUGCGUCGUUCGAUGCCUCAGUUUUUGAUCGUUCGGACGACUGUUUGGAGGUUAAGGAUUGUCUGGCACGUGUGGCGUACCUUAAAGAUAGCGCUCUUUGUUUAUCUUCGUCUUACACUCACUACAUUAAGGAGUCGUACGCUACUAGGGACAAUAUUCCUCUUAUUUAUUGUUUUAAUAGUAAACUAGCGACUUAUCCUGUCAUUUUGUUGAUGAAAAAAGGGUUUCCUCUAGCGCUUCGAUUCAACAAUAUCAUUUCGAGGUUAGUGGAAGGUGGGUUUAUCGAUCAUUGGGCUGCUGAUAUUAACACCCAGAAGUGGAAAGAGGAAGAAAUGCAAAAACUCAACACCACCACAAAUACUGAGUUUUUGGAUUUGGGAAAACUGCAAGGGGCUUUCAUUGUUUUGUUGAUUGGAUUGGCGAUUGCCACUACAGUGUUUGUUUUGGAAAUUAUUCACUUUUUGUUCUUUUUUUUAAAAGGUAAACAUAUUUUUAUAGUGUAA